AUGGGUCUCCUGACGCAGUUCACUCUGCUCCUGUGGAAGAACUUCACUCUCCGGAAGAGACAAAAGGUGCGACUGGUCACCGAAAUUGUCUGGCCUCUGUUCCUCUUCUUCAUCCUGGUGUGGGUGCGCUCCACCAAUGAGCCAGUUUACCAGGAACAAUGUCACUAUCCAAACAAAGCCAUGCCGUCAGCUGGCGUGCUGCCCUGGCUUCAGGGCAUGAUGUGUAAUAUUGACAAUCCCUGUUUGAACUAUCCAACUCCAGGGGAAACACCAGGCCAAGUCAAUAACUUCAACAACUCCAUAAUCUCUGGGAUGUUGAUAGAGCUGCAAACCCUGCUGGUGAACAGAUCUAUUCUCAGCAAGACACAGUUGCUCGUCGACGACAUCGAAAAGUGGGAUUCUGUCCUACAGUCUAACCCUGGUGAUGGAAAUUUGAAUGUCGUCCUUCGGAGUGUUCUGAGAGCCAAUGAGACUUUUUCAGCCUACCUGGAGGAUGAUUUAUCAGUACCACCACCAGUGAUCCAGAGCCUCAUGAAUGCUAAAAUUCAACUCAAUCCGAUGCGAGCCUUCCCGAGGCCAAACAGCCUGAGGAGUAUCCUAUGUGAAGGGCAAGAUCUGGACGCGUACGUCCAGCUCGGCAGCCAAGCUGAAAAGGAGUCUUUUCAAAAUGUCAGCUGCUCCCUGACUUCACAGCAGCUGAUUAACACCCAGCGAGUGCUCCUGCAAAACCUGGACGGGAGGAAAGUGCUUUCAGAGGUCAAUUCGCCUUUCGGUCUGAAUGCAGCGGACACGUUGGCACUAAUGCGGAAGACCUCCCAGGACGCAUUGCCAGUCCUUCGAGAGGUGGCCAGGUUGCAGCGCUCCGAUGCCUUUCGGGCUGCGAGUUCGCUGGAUUUUGGAGCAGACAUGAUUGGCGGUAUCAGCAUGCUAUUGUGUGGAAAGGAGACCAACUUCAGUAUGACUUCCACCAAUAUGACUCUCGAUUCCGUCUCACCGUCUAACAACCAGUCAGCUUCCAUUAUGGGCAACAGCUCCGGCGAUGCUUUUUGUCAGACUCUCGUUGACACCCUGGAGGGCACACCUGGUCUGCGCUACAUUUGGAGCACCUUCAAGCCGCUACUACAAGGCAAAGUCCUCUACACACCUGAUACAGCUGCUGCCCGUCUCCUGGUGGAGGAAGCAAAUUCCACUUUCAACUCCUUGGCUAUGCUGAAAGAACUGGCUGAUUCUUGGGAGGAAAUUGGGCCACGUGUUUGGGAUUUUCUACAGGAUAGUCGUCAAAUCAAUGCCAUUCGGGCCUUGCUGGCGAAUCCCGUGUUUGCUGAGUUCCUGAACCAGCGCCUCGCGGGAACAGGGCUGACCGCCGAGCUCAUCUCCAACUUUCUGUACAACGGGCCCCCGGAGGAUCGUCCCCCUGACAUGCCACAGUACGACUGGAGGGAUGUAUACAACUCCACAACACAGAUCCUGAAGCUCUUCUCCUCUGUCAUGGCUUGUUUGGAUCUGAAUAAGUUCGAGGCGGCGCCCACUGAAGGCCAUCUGGUGAGCAAAGCCUUGGAGCUCCUGAGAAACGAUACGUUCUGGGCCAGUGUUGUUUUCGAAAACCUGCAGCCCAACUCCAGCCGCGUCCCUCCGUAUGUCAAGUACAAAAUCCGCAUGGACAUCGAGAACGUGGAGAGAACCAACAAUAUUAAAUCAAGGUCAUGGUCUCCCGGAGCCAGAGACAACCCCUACGACGACCUGCGCUACAUCUGGGGGGGCUUCGCCUACCUGCAGGACAUGGUGGACCACGGCAUCAUCCGAGUGCAGACGUCAAACACCCAACCGCUUGGCGUCUUUGUCCAGCAGAUGCCGUAUCCCUGCUACGUGGAUGAUGUCUUCAUACAGAGCAUCGGAGCCAUGCUCCCCUUGUUCCUGGUCGUGGCCUUCAUUUAUUCCGUGUCCAUGAUCAUCAAAAGUCUGGUGCUGGAGAAGGAGCUGCGACUGAAGGAGGUGAUGCGGUCCGUGGGCAUUCAGAACGGUGCCCUCUGGACGGCGGCGCUCACAGAGAACAUUGUUCUUCUCACAAUCCCCUGUUUGGUCAUAAGUCUCAUGGUUAAGUACGGCAAAAUCCUGCAGUACAGCGACCCGUCGGUGAUCUUCGUCUUCCUGCUGGUGUUCUGCCUGGCCACCAUCACUCAGUGCUUCUUCAUCAGCGUCUUCUUCUCCAAGGCCAACUUAGCGGCGGCGUGCGGCGGCCUCAUCUUCUUUGUCCUCUACCUGCCGUACGUCCUCUGCUACACCUGGAGGGAUGUCAUGGGUUUCCAGGCCAAGGUUGCUGUGAGCUUGUUGUCGUGCGUGGCCUUUGGUUAUGGCUGCGAAACCUUCUCCAAGUACGAAGAACAAGGCAUCGGCAUUCAGUGGUCCAACAUCACCCAGAGUCCGGUGGAAGGGGAGCGCUACACGUUCAUCAUAUCGAUCGGCAUGAUGCUGUGCGACGCCGUCCUGCACUGGCUCCUCACCUGGUACAUCGAAAACGUCUUUCCAGGCCAGUAUGGAAUCCCUAAGCCGUGGUACUUCCCUUUCACUUCAUCUUAUUGGUGCGGGACGUCAUCGGAGGCCGAUGGAAGCCUGCUGGAAGACUCCGGCGAGCAAAGCGCAUAUCUGGAGAAGGCGCCGCCCGAUCUGAAAGCCGGAGUCUCGGUCCAUAAUCUGGUCAAGAUCUACAAGACUGGGAAGAAGGUCGCGGUGGACGGACUGAGCGUGGACUUCUAUGAGGAUCAGAUCACAUCAUUUCUUGGCCACAAUGGAGCUGGGAAAACAACCACGAUGUCAAUUCUGACGGGAAUGUUCCCUCCUACGUCGGGAACGGCUCUCAUUAACGGAUAUGACAUCCGUACCGACAUGGACAGCAUCCGGAAGUGCCUGGGAAUGUGUCCUCAGCACAAUGUGCUGUUCAGCGAUCUGACGGUGGAGGAGCACAUUUACUUCUACGCCCGGCUGAAAGGACGCAGCCGCAGCGAGGUCAAAAUUGAAAUCGACCAGAUGAUUAAUGACGUGGGCUUACCGCACAAGCGGAAGGAGCUCUCCAAGAACCUGUCAGGCGGCAUGCAGAGAAAGCUGUCUGUUGCCAUCGCGUUUGUCGGCGGUUCAAAAAUUGUCAUCCUAGACGAACCUACCGCAGGAGUGGACCCCUACGCCCGCAGGGGUAUCUGGGAACUGCUGUUAAAGUACAAACAAGGUCGAACGAUCAUUUUGUCGACGCACCACAUGGAUGAGGCCGACAUCCUGGGCGAUCGCAUCGCCAUCAUCUCCCACGGCAAAAUGCGGUGCUGUGGCUCCUCGCUCUUCCUCAAGAAGAGCUUCGGUAGCGGAUACUACCUCACUCUGGUCAGGGACGGCAGUGAACAAAUGACUUCUCAGCGCAACGGCAUCAUAAGCACCGAGGCCAGAUACACCGAGACAGACCGUCCUCUGAGCAGCAGCCCAGAUGAAGGCAUCGGCAGCCAAAGCUGGAGCAACUCUGAUCCCUCAGAUUUAACUCAUGUGGGUCAGCUUGUGCGGCGCCACAUCCCGGAGGCGGUCUUCUUGGAGAGUAUCGGUCAGGAGAUCACCUACAUCCUGCCCUACAGCGGCGCCGGAGACGGGACCUUCUCCGAGCUCUUUUACGAACUGGACCUCGCCAUGGCUGACCUCGGCCUGACCAGCUACGGCGUCUCUGACACCACGCUGGAGGAGAUAUUUCUUAAAGUGGCAGAAGACACCGGGGUGGAUGCAGAAAUAACAACAACAACGGAGCUGCUGGAUAGAGACUACAAACGAAGCUCCCGCGAAGCCAGGAGGAACAGCAUCGCCAGCGUCCACAGGAAAACAGGCAAGAGUCUCCGAAUUCACCAACCAAAAGAAAAGCUCUCAAAUAAAGUGGAAGACCUGAGGAGGAACGCCAGCCUCAGUGGGAGGGGGUCCGUGGUCAUCACCGGGUGGGAGCUGAUCAGAAGGCAGUUCCUGGCGCUCUUCAUCAAGCGCUUCCACCACGCCCGGAGGAGCCGCAAGGGACUCAUUGCCCAGGUGAUCUUGCCAGCUGUUUUCGUCUGCCUCUCUCUGAUCUUCUCCCUCAUCACUCCGCCGUUCGCUGAGUAUCCAAGUCUGGAGCUGCAGCCCUGGAUGUACGAUCUACCCCAAACCACUUUUUACAGCAACGACAUGCCAGGCAAUGCUGAAGUAUCCGGCGUGUCGGAAACCUUGUUAAACACACCGGGCUUUGGGACACGCUGCAUGGAUGGAGACCCCAUACCGAAUUUGCCUUGUACUUCUGAUGGGACCGAUUGGUUCACACCCCCUGUGGAUCCAUCAAUCAGCGACAUCUUCGAGAAUGGGAACUGGAGCAUGUCGAACCCCUCUCCUUCGUGUCAGUGCAGCACUCCGACACGGACCGUGUUGUUACCUGACUGUCCGCUUGGUGCGGGAGGUCUCCCUCCACCACAGAGGAUACAGAACACGACAGAGACAUUGCUGGAUCUAACUGAGAGGAACGUGUCAGACUUCUUGGUGAAAACGUAUGAAACCUCGGGUAAAACAAGGUACGGGGGGAUCUCUGUCGGAGCAGUCAACUCGCAGGUCCGUCUGACGGAGACAGCUGUUGAAGAUGCCCUCAGGAAUCUGAGCGACCUCUUCAGUUCCUUUCAGGAUAAUGUGACUGAUCAGAUUUUCUGGAAUGCCAGGACACUGCUGAAGAGACUGGGAACCAGGGACAACGUCAAGGUAUGGUUCUACAACCAGGCGUACCACGGCAUGGUGUCCUUCCUCAGCGGGGCCAACAACGGCAUCCUGAGAGCAAAUCUGCCGGCGGGAGAGGACCCGCGCCAGUACGGCAUCGCCGUGUCCAACCAUCCCCUCAACUUGACCAAAGAGCAGCUCUCCUUCGCGGCGAUGGCCUCGACCUCCACCGAUGUGGUCGUGUCCAUCUGCGUCAUCUUCGCCAUGUCCUUCAUCCCUGCCAGCUUCGUCCUCUUCCUCAUCCAGGAGCGGGUGAACAAAGCCAAGCAUCUGCAGUUUGUCAGCGGCGUCAACCCAGCUGUCUACUGGUUGGCUAAUUUUGUCUGGGACAUGUGUAACUACAUCGUCCCCUGCCUGAUCGUGAUCGUGAUCUUCCUCUGCUUUCAACAACAAGCAUACGUUUCCCCGCAGAACCUUCCCGCUUUGAUACUGUUGCUUAUGUUGUACGGGUGGGCCAUCACCCCCAUGAUGUACCCUGCCUCCUUCGUCUUCAGCGUGCCCAGCACGGCCUACGUGAUACUGACCUCCAUCAACCUCUUCAUCGGCAUGAACGGCAGCCUGGCCACCUUCGUCAUGGAGCUGUUCGACGACGACAAUGUCAAGCGCAUCAACGACAUCGUGAAGCAGGUGCUGCUGAUCUUCCCUCAUUUCUGUCUGGGCCGAGGCCUCAUCGACAUGGCCACCAACCAGGCCAUGGCCACGCUCUUCAGCAGCUUCGGGGAAGAUCGUUUCAAAGACCCACUGAGCUGGGAAAUGGUGGGAAAAAACCUUUGCGCCAUGGGCAUCCAGGGAAUUGUAAUGUUUAUCACUACAGUCCUGAUCCAGUAUAAAUUCUUCUGCAAACCAAGACUGAUUUCAGCAAAGUCCCGGUCUGAGGAGGAAGAGGACGUCGACGUCGCCCGGGAGCGUUGGCGUGUUUACGAUGGAAAAGCCAACAACGACCUCCUCAGGAUCUGCGACCUCACCAAGGUGUACUCUCGGAAGCGCGCCCCUGCUGUGGACAGGCUAUGCGUGGGCGUACCCGCUGCAGAGUGCUUCGGUUUGCUGGGAAUCAACGGGGCUGGGAAAACCACCACGUUCAAGAUGCUGACAGGAGACAUCCCAGUCUCCAGCGGAGAGGCCUUCCUAAAUGGAUACAGCAUUCGGACUGAAAUGAGAGACGUUCAUCAGAACUUGGGUUACUGUCCCCAGUUCGAUGCCAUCAACGACCUGCUGACCGGUCGAGAGCACCUCGAGUUUUACGCCCGACUACGAGGGGUACCAGAAGACGAAGUCGCCAUGGUGGCAGAGUGGGGGAUCCAGAAGUUGGGGCUGGUGAAGUAUUCCAGCAAGCCCGCAGGAACCUACAGCGGCGGGAACAAGCGCAAACUUUCCACAGCGAUGGCCCUGAUCGGAUGUCCUCCAGUGGUUUUCCUGGACGAGCCGACCACGGGGAUGGACCCCAAAGCCCGGCGUUUCCUGUGGGACUGCAUCCUGAGCGUCAUCAAGGAGGGACGCUCAGUCAUCCUCACGUCGCACAGUAUGGAGGAGUGUGAGGCUCUGUGCACGCGCAUGGCCAUCAUGGUAAAUGGGCGUUUCAAGUGCCUUGGAAGCAUCCAGCAUCUAAAAAGCAGGUUCGGAGAGGGCUACACGGUGAUCGUGAGGGUCGGUGGCUCGCCUCCCGCCCUGGGUCCGGUCGAUGACUUCGUCCAGCAGAUCUUCCCCGGCAGCGUUCUGAAGGAGAAGCACCACAACACGCUGCAGUACCAGCUCCCGCACGCCAACGGAGCUCUGGCCCACAUCUUCAGCCAGUUCGCCAGCAACCAGCAGAGGCUGAGGGUGGAGGACUACUCCGUGUCUCAGACCACUCUGGAUCAGGUCUUUGUGAAUUUUGCGAAGCACCAGAACGGCGAGGAGGACCCCGAGGAGGACCCCGAGGAGGACCCCGAGGCGUACACCAACGACGUGAAUCUUUCUGACGAACUGCCAAUGAGGGAACUGAGGUCCACGCGAGGAGCACAGAAUGUAUAA